UGACUUCGCUUUUGAUUUUAUUCUUUUUUGCGAAGCAAAUAGCGUCUUUUGUAUUAAAAAAUUGAACUACAUCGUUAUUUUGUUAUGUGAAUUACAUUAAGAAACAAACGUGUAUUCACAGUGUGAAUAAAAGUUAAAAGAGGAUAAAGUUUUGUACUGCAACAUGUCAAGCUCAUCAAAGGAUGUUAUGGUUAUUGAUGACGAUGAUGACGAAUAUCAUGCGACAGAAGAAGAUGAAAUAAAUGCGAUAGACUUUGAGCUUCGUCAAAUUGAGCGAGACCUACAAAAGCUGGAAGACAGAAAAAGCAUUUUAAUCCAACGAAAGCAGAAGCUUCGUGAUGACGCUUUACUCAAAAAAAGUCUGUCCGUGUCAAAGAAAAAUUGGGAAAAAUCAGAUUUCUCAUGGUCAAUGAAUCUGAAAAAAACUCUCACCGACACCUUCAAGAUAAAGGAGCUCAGAGAAUUACAGUUACCGACUAUGAACGCUACAAUGUCAGGGGAAGAUGUUAUUUUGGUUAUGCCAACAGGAGGGGGAAAAUCGUUGUGUUACCAAUUGCCAGCUGUGAUAGGAAAAGGGGUAACCAUAGUAGUUUCCCCGCUCGUAGCUCUGAUGGAAGAUCAGCUUCGAGGUUUGCAUAAAAACAAAGUGAAUGCAUUAAUGCUGAGCUCGAAGGCUCAUAAAGACGAUGUGAAAUCUGUAAUGAACGGUUUAAUUGAUAAAAAUUCGACUUUGAAAUUAGUUUACGUGACUCCUGAAUACAUGGCAAAGUCGAAUCGUUUCAUGGGCAAACUGCAAAAAGCAUUUGAGCUCAAUAGACUCAAUAGAUUUGCCAUCGACGAGGUUCACUGUUGCAGUCAGUGGGGUCAUGACUUCCGCCCAGAUUACAAAUUUCUCGGCAUUCUCAAAUCAAUGUUCCCAGGCGUUCCUAUUUUAGGUUUGACUGCCACAGCGCCAGCAAAAAUAAUCGUGGAUGUUCAGAAAAUGCUGGAUAUUCAAGGCUGCCUGGUACUUCGAGCAUCAUUCAACAGACCGAAUUUGUACUACGAAGUACGACGAAAACCAUCCGACAAAGCAAAUUGUCUUUCGAUGAUUGAAAAUCUCUUGAAAACUCGUUUCGAGGGUAAAUCCGGUAUAAUUUAUACGACCACCAUAAAAGAAGCAGAACAACUGACCUCGGAUCUUCGAAGCAAGGGAUUGAAAUUGGGUUGUUACCACGCGAUUCUCGAGGCUGACGUUAGAACGAAAGUUUACAACAAGUGGAUCAACGGCGAAUAUCAAGCAAUCGUAGCGACAAUCGCCUUUGGCCUUGGUAUCGAUAAGCCCGAUGUGCGAUUCGUCAUUCAUCACUGUAUCUCCAAAUCUAUGGAAAAUUUCUACCAAGAGAGCGGACGAGCAGGGAGAGAUGGAAGAAAAGCAGCAUGUAUAGUACUUUAUCGGUUGCCUGAUAUAUUUCGUCUCAGUACUAUGGUUUUUCAAGACAAAGUUGGCCUUCAGAAUCUCUACAAAGUUCUCGAAUAUUGUCUCGAUCCGACCACGUGUCGCAGGAGUCUCAUUGCGACCCAUUUCGAAGAGAAAUGGUCUCCGAGCGAUUGCUCUCAAAUGUGCGACCAUUGCAGACACAGUUGUAAAAAAAAAUCUGUUGAUGUUGCACCUUAUUGUCGACAAUUGUAUCAAAUAAUGACUAAAGCUGUCCAAAGCGAAACGAGACUCACACCUCUCAAACUCAUUGAUGCUUGGUACGGAAAGGGUGCUACGACUUCCAGAGUCUCUUCAGUUCCGGUACCAAAAUUCAGUAGAGAAACUGGUGAGUCCAUCGUCGGUCAUCUUCUUGUUAAUGGAUAUCUUCAGGAAGACUUUCACUUUGCCGCUUACUCUACUAUAACUUAUCUCAAACGAGGACCCAAAUCCGGACUUGCACUUAACAACAGCCACGUAAUCAUGUUCGAUUGCGAUGAAAAUGUUAAACUGUAAACUCUUUCUGGACGUGAAAUAAUGUACAUUUGAUUUACAGUAUUAUAAGUUAUUUGAAAUAUAGCUUUUUCUAAUCAAACGUCAUUUUUUAAUACAAGAGAAGCAAUAGAGCGAAUGGAAAAAUGUUAAGCUUCAUCAUUCGGAAAGGUACAUUGAAAAAUGUUUUUCAGUAGGAAAGGAAUAAUUCUUAUUUUAUUCGUCGUCGGAUUUCUUCUGCCUGAAGAGCCUUUGAAAAAAAUGUGAUCCAAUUCUCCACGAUGUCGACUCAUCACGACACUUGUAAUUUCAAGAUUAUUUUAUACUUUUAUAAAAUUAUUUUUAAAAUUUAUUUAUCAAAAGGCUACUUUCAUAAAUGUAAUUCGUAUUUUCAAUAUUUUUUUCUUUUGAAUGUCUUUGUACGAUGGUCAUUUUCAAUCAUCAAGUCGCAACGUGCUUCAACGGUAACACGCUUGCAGCGCUGCCGGCAGCAGAUUUUAGAGUAGUACCGCCUGAUUUCGCGGCAGCAGGAAGUGACGUCAAUGACGUGUGCAGUGUGCAGCAACCAUCCGACGACGAUUCGACCCUAGACUCCAACACCAGGAUAAUUAAUCACCCCACGUUGUUGAGAAAGCAAACGUAAUUUUGACGUUUUUUAAAAACUUUCUCAUUGUUUUAGAUUUUUUAUAUUCAAUUUUCAUCGAAAGUAACUUUAUCAUAUAUCGUUCUCUUAGUUGUCAAAAAAGAGAGAGAAUGGCUUAAAUUAAACGCCAUAAUCACCUACGAUAGAACUUUUAUGCUGAAAAGAAAAUUUGAGUAAACGGAAUCUAGAGUCAAUAUUUCUUGGAGGGAUUAAAUAUGAAUAUAUUGAAAAAAUGGCGACGACUUGACGUUCAAGAAUGAGGGGAAAUCGCCCGAUUUCGAAAAUACACGUCUUGCCUCGGUCGGUUGAAAAUUUCCGUCUGAUACUUGACGCCAUGUACUUUUAAUGAUAUACAUUCAGUUUUUUGUUCAUAGUCAUAAGUGAAAUAAAAAAUAUUUCCAACUUAAA